CCUAUGUAUCGGGAUUUAUUUCGGAUUUUCGAAAAAGUCUCAAACUACAGACGAAUAUCUUUUAGGCGGUCGAGAGAUGCAGGUUAUUCCUAUCUCAGUGUCGCUCGUUGCAAGUUACAUUUCCGGACUGACGGUCUUAGGAGUUCCCUCCGAUGUUUAUGUUUACGGCGCAAAUACCGUAUGGGUGUGUCUGUCGAUCGUGAUCGCGUCCAUUGUGGGUUAUUUCGUUUUCAUACCCGUGAUAUUAAAGUUGCAGGGCCCUACUAUUUUUGAGUACUUCGAAUUGCGGUUUGAUCGAAAACUCAAAGUCAUGGCUACGUGCAUGUAUACCCUGCAGAUCUUACUGUACAGUCCAGUGGUGGCGUAUAUUCCAGCAAUAGCGUUUUCGCAAGCAACCGGCAUUAAUCCACAUGUUAUUAUCCCAGUUGUUUGCGCUACUUGCGUGUUAUAUACAUGCGUUGGGGGUUUUAAAGCGGUAAUUUGGACGGAUGUGUUUCAGUUCCUAGGGACGAUUACAUCAAUUGUUGCAGUGCUCAUUUUUGGAAUACAAUCAGUAGGAGGAAUCGGUGAGGUGUACAAAAAGGCUUCGCGAGGUCAUCGCUUGGAUUUCAAUUUCAGUAUGGACCCUACGCAACGCGAUGGAUUUUGGCAGAUGGCUAUAGGAUUUGCGACACACUGGAUUUACAAUCUCACGUUGCAACCCGCUGCCGUUCAAAAGUACCUUUCACUCCCCAAAUCGGGCGAUAUCAAAAGGGUGAUGUUUUUUCAGUGCUGCGGGUUGAUCGUGGUCAACGUUCUGGCCGUGUUGAUUGGGAUUACAGUUUACGCAAAAUAUGCUACAUGCGACCCAAUUUCAACUGGCAAGGUAACUCGAGUCGAUCAAAUCUUACCUUAUUUCGUCAUGGAUAUUAGUCAAACUGUUCCCGUUUUACCAGGAAUUUUUAUUGGUGGAGUUUUCAGUGCUGCGUUAAGCACACUUUCAUCCACGUUCAAUUCACUAGCGGCAACGGUUUACAGUGACUUGGUCUCACUCCUUAUCUCCAAGGAAGCAAAACAAGACAAAGAAGGUCGCAUUUUGAAGCUGAUUGUGAUAACAUCUGGUGCGAUCUGCAUCGGAUUAACCUUCUUUGUAGAUCACAUGGGAAGUUUAUUGGCAUUUGUGAACGCCUCCAUAGGAUUAAUUUACGGAAUAAUUGUUGGUCUCUUUGCCCUAGGUGUUAUUGCACCAGUUACCAACUCAAAGGGCGCCUUCCUUGGAGCACUAUCCAGUUUCUUGGUGGUUGGUACCAUUGCAGGUCUGAAUCAGUGGCACUCAUUUAAAGGUAGACUUGGCAACUUUGCCCAGCCAAUCUCCCUUGAAGGAUGUAAUGCGCAUGUUAAUAUUACAACAGCACGCACGGUAUUAGACUCGGAAAAACCAUUUGUACUUCUCCGACUGUCUUUUUGGUACAACCCCUUUGUCAGCACCAUGGUGGUAAUUCUAGUUGGACUUUCAGUGAGCUAUUUGACCAAAGUGAGUAAGUGGAACUCUAGUAAUAACAACUGUAAAACCCCUGUGAAGUACAAUGCUGCAAUAACGCACUGUGAUGAAUGUACCUAUAAUUUCUACAAAGAAACAACUUCUACUCAUAAUUUUCCCUGGUGCCGAAACGGCAUUAACUUGAGGUGGAGAGUACGUCAGUGUAACCACCACAACACCAGCAGCUGCUACAAGAACAACUGCUGUAAGAAGCUACGGAAGCAUCACCGCCCAGGCCCCCAAGUCAACCUGUGGUCAGUGCUUGCUCCAGAAUUAGCAAUUCACCCGGGCCGAUUUGGUGCUGGG